GGCACAUUUCGCUUUGGAUUUAUACCCAGCCAGCGCCUUCCAGAGCACCAGCUUUGUUUGGAUUUAUUACACUGAAAAGAGAUUUCCACAUCGAUGUUUUUUUCUGGUUUGAACCUUUUUUAAAAAACUGUAGGACGGAAUUGUGGCACAUUGGAGUUUCCCGAUGCGCGUCAAGGGGCGAUACAAUUACCCACACGCGAGUCUCAAUCCUGAAUGUUUGUCCUUGCAUGGCCUGAGCGAAAUAUAAACAGCUGGUGUGAGCGUGUGUAUGUUUAGAAACUGUUAAAUCAACCUGCUGCUGUUGGUGUGUGUGUGUGUGGAGAGAGAGAAAUUGGAAAUAAGGCGUCCACCUCGCAGCGCGCACAAAUUCCUGCAAUGAGGAUCUGUCACACUUUGCCAAGAUUUUUAUGUGGCUAAAGCCGGAGAUUUCCUACCGACUGGACACAGUUUGAGGAGUUAGAAGUUUUUUUUGAAGUGUUUGUGUCUUGAACGACUCUUUCCAUCACGGUAUCAAUGAUGACUGAGAACAGCGAGGUGGAGAGCGACUCUCAGCUCCAGCGCUCUCCAAGCACCAUGUCCAUCCAGCCGAUGUCAUCCAAGCUCCAGAGACUAAAGCGCUCUUUGUCCUUCAAGACCAUCAUGCGCAGCAAAAGCGUGGAGAACUUCUUCCAAAGGUCCUACAGCGACGCUCGCCUGCCCCCGGACUUCAUCACUGACCCACCGCCUCCUUCUCCCCCGCUGCUGCCCGGCUCUCCGCUCGUUGGGGACCGCUCGCCGUCCAAUUCGCCAUCUCUCAGCCCCAACCCCUCCAUUUCCUCCCACUCCCCGUCUCUCAGCCUUUCCCCAUCGCUGCCCAUCAAGCCGCCCCGACCACAGAUCAACCACUGUUUCCAGGACCAUGUCUUUCGCAAGCCCACCAACUGCCAGCACUGCAAGCACAUGAUAGUGGGAAACUCCAAGCAGGCUCUGCGGUGUAAAACGUGCAAGAUGGCUGCUCACCUGUGGUGCACCUCAGAACUAUCGCAGCAGCUGUGUCACGGGAAGUCUGGAGCAUUCAAACGAAACUUCAGCUCACCGCUGCUCGUCAACGACCAAUUGUCUGUCGUCAAGGAAGUUCAGCCAAGCCAAGAGGCUGCGCGGAUGCGUGUAGACCCCGUGUAUGCCGCCUUGCGCUACGGGACGUCCUUGGCACAGAUGAGCCGCUCCAGUUUUGGCAGUUUGUCAGAGUCGCCAACACGCAGCCUGGGGGAGGGAGGUGAGGAGAUGCAGCAGAGACAGUGCAGCAUGGAGGAAGAGAUAACCCAGGAGACAGGGGAUGACCCUGUCCCCGAUGUCGAGAUUGAGAAGGAGGAUGAUGACAGCGGCGGCCAAGCUGACACUCCUGCAGAAGCUCAGACUCAAGCAGAAGCUCAGACUCCUGCAGAAGCUCAGACUCCCGCAGAGGAGAGCAGUGCAAUGGUGCCCAAGCGAAUCGAAGUUCACUCCAUCCACACCUAUGUAGCGCUCUACAAGUUUCUGCCUCAGGAACAGAAUGACCUGGAACUUCAGCCCGGUGAUCGUGUGCAGGUCACUGACGACUCCAACGAAGAGUGGUGGAAGGGCAAGAGUGGCGACAAAGUCGGCUUCUUCCCUGCCAACUUUGUGCAGAGGGUCCGGCCAGGAGAGCGAGUGUGGCGGGUCAUCCAGAGUUUUCCUGGCAACCGAGAGAGAGGCCACAUGGCUGUGAAGGAGUCUCAGAUCUGUGUGGGGAAGCGGGAAGAUGGCGAGCUGUUCCUGAAGCUAAGCAGCGGGAAGAAGAGAGGGCUGGUCCCAGCUGACUCCAUAGAGGAGAUCUGAGCGUCUGUGUGCACAUCACCAUUCAUCCACUUCUACUUCCCCAUGGGAGGCACCCAUCCUCAGACCAACACCAUCACCCCUCCCCCACCUUGCCCUCGGCAAGACAACAGCCGCAGCCUCUCUAGCCAAUCCUGACUAGACCAAACACAGAUAAGCUGGAUGAAAAACACACACUCCUGUGAAGAGCUGGAGCCACAGCCCCCCAUGAACACAUGGCGUCCAGUUGAAUUGAUUUACUGUCUUUAAUAAAGUGAACAGUUAUGCAGUAGUCCUGUUUUUAGAAAGGAACUGUAGUUUUAUCUUUCCAGUACAAAAAUCAAUGUUUAGUUAGACAAAGGAUUCACAAGCCACAAAUGCUUUAAAUAUGCUCGCCAGAUGCUGGCUCAGAUUUUGUUUUCCCCCAUCAAAAAGACGUCUACCGACGUGGGAGGAGGCUGAGUCCCAUCAUGGGAACAUGAUGCUUCUGUCAGCGUCCUUUUCUUCUUUCUACCCACUCCAUAUGUCUCAUCCCUAUCUGCUCGUGUCAGGGUCUCUGUGGCCUGGGGACUGAUAUCAGCCUCAUGUAGACUGCUGCACAACAUGGGGCACUUGCCAAGGACAAACCACUGCCUGCCAGAGAAAGCUGCUGCCAUUCAGACGGAGAGGAGAAUCAGAUGAAAGGAGGAGACACGAUCCGAAAAUCCUCGGCACUGUCAGGCUGAGUUAUAAAUGCACUUGCCAACUUGAGAGUGCAGCAAUGAGAAGGUUUUCAAAGGGAAAUUGAAGGCUCUGAUGAUCUUUUCGCAGGCAACUCAGAAACUUUUUUUCCCCCUGACUUUUUCAGUAUAAUAUAACAAUGAAAAUAAGGUACAAAAAAUGCAUCAGCAUAUAUUAAUUUCUGGUAAGGGAGCAUAAAUCUGCCUGAGGACCAUAUGCUCCACAAAUAGGUCAGCUCAACACAUUUUGCAAAAAAAAACUUUAUCUUUCAACUAUCUACCAGACAGGAACUUAAACUUACAGGAAUUUCUCUUAUUUUUUGGUGUACAUGUAUAGGGGUCUUAACUUUGUUGUCUGUUGUUUAAAGCAAAUAUGAUGCAGGAUAAAUCAGAAGGAGG